CUGAAUGGUUUUUCAAACGUCAAAAUACUGUCACUGUGCCGAUCCUUGUGCUGGAAUAAAAAGGGAGUCUAGGCGUAUUUAUAAAUAUAAACCUGUUUAUAACAUUAUAAACAAUGUCGUAGCAUCUAUUUAAUCAGUUUCUGAGUAGACUAGUCCUUAUAUAUAUAAGUUUUAGUGGCAUAACCUUCCGAUGAUGGCACCAUCUCGUCUGGCACCGUUUCGUAGAUUGUGCCAUUGGGGUCCAAUUGCGGUUUUAGGUAUAAUAAAGUUAAUAACAUGGGCCAUGGUCCAUCUCAUAGGUAUGUGGUGGCCCCCGCACACAUCUAUCCUAGCAGCCAUACAUGCUAGCCUGUACUUAUCCCUUGCAGCAGCCACUUUGUAUUAUUUCCUGCAGAGUCUGCUUGAAGGACCUGGGUAUGUCCCCAUGGGAUGGAAACCUGCCAGAGAGGAAGACACACAGUACCUACAGUUCUGUUCAGUGUGCAAUGGUUACAAAGCUCCCAGAUCGCACCAUUGUAGAAAAUGUGGUUAUUGUGUAAAGAAAAUGGACCAUCAUUGUCCAUGGAUCAACUGCUGUGUGGGCCACGAGAACCAUGGUUACUUCACAUUAUUCCUCUUCUCUGCGGUGCUUGGUUGCCUUCAUGCUUCCAUAGUGCUCUCAAUAUGCAUGUACCACGCAAUCAACCGUGUAUGGUACGUACAUAACGGCACGGGUCGCGAGCCCAUGAUCUACCUCACGCUCACCACGCUGCUGCUGACGCUACUCGCUAUUGGAAUGGCCAUAGGCGUCGUGCUCGCUGUUGGGGUGCUUUUGUACUUACAGAUCCGUGGCAUUCUCCGGAACCAGACCACGAUAGAAGACUGGAUUAUAGAGAAGGCUGCGGGCAGGCGCGAGGAGCUUGGUCUGCCGCCGUUCGUGUUCCCCUACAACAUAGGAUGGAAGGCGAAUUUCAAGAUGGCCUUGUUCAGUUCCCAGACAGAUGGGUUGACUUGGCCGGUUAGGGAAGGAUGUGGAGAGUAUGACUUGACGAGAGAGCAGCAAGCCCAGAAGCUGGACAAGCGCCUCCGCUCCCGGCUGUACACCGCGACCCACCCGUACAACGGUCGCUGGGUGCCGCUCGUCGCGCACCCGCGCGCGGCGUGCGGCGCGCCCUGCAGCGACGAGCCGCGCCUGCCGCUGCAGCCCGGGGACGUGCUCAGGGCCACCAGGCAGAGGCGGCACUGGUUGUUCGGUGAGAAGCAAGUGGUGGGGUCUACCCGAGGGUCGCGAGGUUGGUUCCCGCGCGCCUGCGCCGUGCCCACAGACGACCUGUGCAAAACCAAACCCGACUAGCCAUGUCGGGUUUAUUGCAUAAGACUGGUAUAAAUAAGAAUAUUUAUAUAAAAAUAAUGCAGUUUAAAUUAAUAAAUUUACAUUAUUUUGCAAAGAUAAAACAGGUCAGUGAAUUUUAAAUUGAAAUUUGAUUUGAUAGUGAAAAACCCUCAGAUUUACGAUUGGAUAGUGAGCUAUGCAUUUAUUUUCACUUUUGUAUUUUUUUUAUCUCCUCUUCAAUAACGUCCAACACAAUUCAAUUUUCGUUAUACAAAUCAUGAAAAUUUCACAUAUCAUAUGCAAGAAUGCGCCUCAACCUAUCCAUUUAGCACGCACGCAGAAAUGAAAUGAAAUUCUCUAAAUGCUAACUUGCUGUUACAUGGUUGCACUUGUGCGAAUAGAAAAUCCGUCAUAUGGUUGCAUGUGAUAUGGUUGCACAAGUGCAACCAUGUAACAGGUGUUCUAUUUAUUUUUAUUUACAUGCACCUACGUUCGUAAAAUUAAAGCUUGUGUCACUAUAAAUUUUAUUUCAAAUUCAUUGUUGUUGUCACGAUGAACAAUUGCGAUACAGUAUUUUUUUCCACUCUUACAUAUCUUCGUGGGUUCUGAACAAUAUUCGCAUAUGUUCAACCAUACACUUUCUGGAACUCGUAUUACAAUGGUGCCCAUUGAAUUUGAUAGCAGCUUUCGAAAUAUAAUUAUUACAGCAUAAGAUUAUUACUGACAUUAGUUUUUCAAAAAUUUGCACAUUUUUGGGUUAUUUUUUAAUUUAUUUUAACUUGGUAAAACUUUCAAUCUCUCAUCUUAACAUGAUUGAAAUUGUAAAAUGGUUGCUUGCGUGUAAAGACUUCUAAAGGUUCAAUCAUCGCCUUCUUGAUCUAUCCACUAUACGUUAAGGGUCGGUAGCGGCUCGCCUGCCGUUCUGUGCAACUACUAAGCUAUGAGUAAUAUAAUUUCAGCCCUGUAUUAUAUACUGUCCCACUGUUGGGUAUGGGCCUUCUCUACUACUGAGAGGGAGCUAUGAGUAUGCUAUUAAUAAUAAUGGGUUAUUUAAAUCAUAUCAGAUAUAAUUUAAAAUGCUAAAUGUUUUUUUGUUAAAUUUUACUUACUUAGUUCUUUAGUUUGAUUUAUUUUAAAGUAUUAUAUGAAUUUAAAUAUAACGAUUUUAUAAUUUUUAAGUAAGUUUAUAGUUCAGAAUAUUUGUAUAAAUAAUAAUUAUUUAUGAAUCCUAUAUUAUAUAACUGAUUUCACGAAGGUUACAAUAUUGCCAAUUUUAUUGUACUUAUAAUGUUUAUAGAUAAUAUUUUACAUAAUGCAUGAACCUUACAGAAUUCAAGACACUAAAGUAAAUUAUUAUUCCAAAAUUAUUAAGUUUAUUAAGAAAUAUUUUUUAUUAUUACUUAAAAGAAACAAGCGUAUAUCUUACAGUUUUCAGUUUUAAUAGAAAAAAAAUCUAUUAAAUCUUUACUCUAUUUUACGAGAAAAAGAGUGAAAUUUUGACUUUAAUAAAUACAUAACAAAAUGAGUAUUUCUCAAAAUAAAUGUACGUAACAAAAUAGUUUUUAGGAAAUAUUAUAAGGAUUUUGUCCGUCUCAUCUGUUUCUUUUUUUUAUGUUAAUAUAUUCAUUAUACGUAUUAUUUGAUAGAACGUAUAUUUAGACAAACUAAGAAAGACAUGACAGAUAUGUUGGUAAUAACUAUUCCAUUAUUUUCAUUUAUUUUGAGAAAUAAAUGAACGUAACGAAAUUUUGAGAAAUAGUUUAAUAUUAUAUCAUCCAUAUUUUGAGCUGGUUUGAUUAAUCAUGUCACGUGCCCAUUGCAAUCUGUAUCUCUAGUCAUCAUUUACUGUGAGAAGAAUUGAUCCCUUCCUGACCGAAUUUCGGCCACAGCGGCCAAUGUCAACGGAGAUCAGCUCAGGAUAUAAUAUUAUAGUGCACAAGUGUGUGCGCAAUACACAGAUGCACUAUCUGUUCCUUCUCUCUCAAAGACCGGUGAUACGGCAAUCUGACAUGACCGGAGAGAGAUCAGGCGCAGGACCAACGGCUUUAUGUGCUUUCUGAGGUACGGGGGUAUUAAAUCGCCAAUCUCCUGACUCCGAGCUGCGACUGAUUAAAAAAAACCAGAACAUUUGUGUGGAAACAAAUGCUGCAAUGCGACUCGUGGCUAACAUCAGGUUGGCUCUUAAUAUUUUAUGAAAUCUGUUAAAUUCUAAUGUAUCUAAACUUCGAAGACGAAGUGUGAGGACUUCCAAAUGGGAUUUCAACACUUUGCUAUGAAUGUAUUCAUAUUAUCUAUAGUUUGACCAGGAAAAAACCUUAGAGGGCGCCACUUUUGCUUUUACUUUUUAAAGUUAACCUCAAUAAAAGAAAUUAGUUCCGUAUUUUACCGCAAUGUGGCGCAAUUUUUUAUUUGCCUGAUUAGGUUUAUGUUAGAUAAUUUGACGAAAAUAAACCGCUAAAUUAUCUACAGAUUUUUUUUGUUAUACGCUAUUGAAAUUUAAAUACAAUUUCUAAUCGAAUUAUUUUCCGAGACAAAGAUCAUGUUAUAUUUUUUUAUAGAAAUUUAACGCGUUGAAAAAUGGUGCUUAUUAGAUGUUGUGAAGGUUUUUAUUCCAUUUUAAGUGUGUUUUUAAAAACGCUGUACGUCUGUUAGGUUAUACAAUGUUUUGUCUCGCUUCCUCUUACGGUAAAUGUCAUUUAACAUUGUGAAACAAAGCAUUUAUUAACUAUUAUAGACAUUAAUAAGUAAGGCGGUAAAAAAUUAAGGAAUACUUGUAAGUAUUUAUUUUUGUGUUUUCUAAACAGCAGAUUUUUAGUAUACGAGUUCGUUUGAGUAAGAUAUUUGGAUCUGCCUGGAUAGCGAUCACACGGUGUAAAACCCCUCAGUGAUCGCGCUCUGGCUUCAAACAGGCCGACAAAAUUGUGUCGACUGGCUAGGGAUAAUCGUCGAUACUCUACCCUACCACACUUCCCACCAAAUGCAGUGGGAUCAUUUUGCGACAUCCGUAUAAAAAUAUCACCACUUUAUUUAUGCCUUACAAGCAGCAGUUUGCGAGCACUUGUAUUUAAGCUCAUAGGUCAUUGUUACCAGAAUAAUUAUCGGCUCUUUGUAUUACCCAACGUCUGAAAGUGAACAGCAGUUUUAGCGCUUUCCAUGGUGAUCACCUUAUACUUUAGGUUUCAAUGUGGGCUAGAUAGUUUUUUGUCGGUUCCUGCGUCGGAAGGUGGUUAGGGUUUCUUAAAAGAAAAAUUAAAUCGUGAAAAUUAGUGAACACCGGUGAAGGCGAACGUAUGGUGCGACAUGGUCGUGAGAUUACGACCAAAAUACUUUAAUAAGGAUAAAAAUAACUUGCUUGUAUCGUUCAGAAAAUAUGUGGGUUUUAUUGCACUGUGUGUUAAGAUGUAUCACAGAGAAGUGAAUAGCGGUUGGCAGGUUAAUUGACUUAAAUGACAUUAUUUUUCAAAUAAUGAAGGUUUAAAAAACGGAGAAUAAUAUGCCGAUUUCAAAUAUGUAUAAAACUCAAUGUCGCUUUACAGACGUUUUCAAUAAACGAUCUCAAUCUCAAUCUUCAAUCCGAUUCCAAGAAUGGACCAAUCAAAAUAAUUCAUUAGUAAGCAUGUCAAAAACCUUUGUUCUGAUUGGUCCGUUUUUGAGAUCGAUCGAAAAAUGGAUUGGGAUUAUUUAUUUAAAAUGGCGGUAAGUCAAUUCGUCUGCUAACCGUCGAUAUAUUGUUAGUAUUAUAAUACACCGACAUUAUCAUAUCGAUGGUUAAAAGGCUAAUUUACUUAAACGACAUUAAGUUUCAUACAUAUUUAAAAUUAGCAUGUUACGCGCCGCUAUCCUAGUCGAUGACAUCGGGCGUUUCCGGAAGUAUUCGGCUCCGCGGGCAGGCUGGUAGAAUAGAAAAUAUGUCACGCGGCGACUAUUCUAUUAUUCUGUGUUAUUCUCUCUGGUUGGUGGUUGUCAAAAAAUGUCUAAAAUUGUAUUCUGUAAUUAUUUUGCUAAUCUAAUGUUUACUGUAAAAAGAGCCUUUUAACAAAUGUUUUUCGAUGUUUUUUUUAACUUAGUUAAAUUUUUUCGAAAAAUAAUAUCGCUCAAGUCAAUUAGCCGUCGAUAUUGUAAAAAGGGGUGGAUAUAAUUUAUAAAAAUUAUUUAACCGUUACACGAAUUAAUUGUAAUUUUGGAAUUUAUUUUAAUGAAUAUUAAUUUUAAUGUUCAAACAGUCAGUUAUUUUGUUUAAGCUCGGUUUCUUUUCAUCCCUUCCAUCUUUGUUUCUUUUUCCAUUCGUAUUCUCUAUGACAAUUUAGAUUCAUAAAAAAUUCUUUACAAUAUAACCUCAAUUCAUGAAAAAUAAUGUAAUCAAUAGACGAUUAAGGUAAGCAUUGAGUAUUAUUAAAUAAAAUAUUUAUAUUAGGGACAAAAAUAUGACCCUUAUGACUAGUUAGAUUCCUUUUUUCAAUUCCUUAUGGAAUCUACGUUGUCAUAGAGUAUUUAACUUGUAUUUUUGUAUACUUAUACGAUUUGCAGUUCCUAGUUGUUGGUUGCGUAUUUUACCUACUUACUGUUUAAUAUAUUUUAGAAGUUUUUCAGUGUUAUACUAGUAAUAAGACUAAAUGAUGUACUAAAUGUACAUGGUGUUAUACAAGGAUAUGUAAAUAUUUCACGUUUGUAUGUUUUAUGUAGUAAGGAAUUAAAUGCAAUCGGAAAAAAA